AUGCGACGGCUAAACUCAGUGAGCGGCGUACGGGUGUACGGCAUCCUGUCCUGCCAGCUGCUGCUGACAUUCGCAGCAGCCCUAGUGGUGGUGAAGGUGGAUUCGGUGCGCGUGGCUGUCUUUAAAGCGCCUCACCUCUUUCUUCUCGCCAGCGCCAUCAUCUCUUUCAUCUUGAUGUAUGUGCUCUCAGCCUACCGUCAGCACCACCCCCUCAACCUCAUCCUCCUCAGCCUCUUCUCCCUCUCCUUCAGCAUCACCCUCGGUUUCACAUGCGCCCUUUUCCCAGCCAAUAUCGUGCUAGAAGCAAUUCUCCUAACAACAAUCGUGGUUGUCUCUCUCACGCUCUUCACCUUUUGGGCGGCACGCAACGGAGAAGACUUUUCCUGGCUGCGCCCCAUUCUCUUCACUGCCCUUAUCAUCCUCCUUUUCUCGACAAUCAUUCAGGUAAGGGAGAUGGUUGCUAGAGUAAGUGAGGGUUAUUACAGUAAGACAUGGCGAGUCAAGUACUCUAUAGGCCUUUGGAUUGCUUCAGUGGCGACUUUUCUUUAG